AUGUCCGACCCGUCGCCGCCCGCUGCAGUCUCAGGGAACAAUGCUAGUAACGAUGACUCCGCUUCGUCAAUCACGGUGAAUACUGCUACUGCUACUCCUGCUCCUGCUCCUGCUCCUGCUUCUUUCCCUCCGCCAAAAACCGAUAAACCUCGGCCUCACGUUUGUGCUACUUGUCAACGCUCAUUUGCCCGAUUGGAACAUCUGAAACGUCACGAACGUUCCCAUACUAAGGAGAAACCGUUUGAGUGCCCAGAAUGCACAAGAUGCUUUGCUCGCCGAGAUUUGCUUCUGCGGCACCAGCAGAAGCUUCACCAGACUACGACGCCUUCAUCGCGGCCUAGAAAUCGCCGUGAAAGCACUAGCAGUACUGCUACGGCUCAGAGCCGAGCUCGAAAGAACAGCGUCGCUAAUGCAAAUGCUUCAGCAGCCGCCGCCGCCGCCGCUAAUAAUGCCUCGAUGCGACCUCGCGCAAACACCAUCAGCCAUGUGGAUGGGAACCAUAUGCAUAUGAUCGCGGCUGCGAAUGCCCAGGUUGCGAGGACUCAACAGCAUCACAUGCCUCCAACUCAUAGCCGCCACCAGAGUCUUGUGGGAUUGCCGCUACAUAACAUAGACCACUUCGGGGGCAUGUCGUCAGUUAUGGGCCAUAGAGGCAUGAACCAUGGGCUCCCGAAGUUAGAGACGCACAGCAUUAAUAUAGAUUUUAACUCUGGCCUGCGCACGGCACCUCCCUUGCCGUUUCAGCCGGAAUAUGACUUUGAGAGUAUGGUAUUCGGGCAGCCCGGCUCAACCAUUAACCCGAACGCCCUUCACUACAACGAAUCUCCCCAUUCCAUGUCUCUGGAUCCUACAUCUCCGUUCGGUACUGCGAUGGAUAUGUCUACUCCUAGCCAACACAUUGACGACAGUUUUGACUGGUUGACAGGGUUCGAGCAUCAGAUGUCGUUUAACCACUCAGCUGAGAAUGCUGUUGACGGUUCUUCCCCCUCCGCAAUGAGCACUACAAGUCAGAGUGGCAUUAGUGAUGUGAUGCUUGAUGGCUCUAACCCCACAACUAUAGCAUCUACGUCCAACUCCAUGUGGCAGCCGGCACUUAUGGGUCCUCCACAGGUUACGACACCCUUCUCUAUGGAAAUGAAUGGUACAGUGUUCCCGGAUAUGCUAAACGGAGCAUCAGUUUCACCCCGGCCUUCAUCUCAAAAGAAUAUUAACGAUAUCUAUUUCUCAACACCGCCCCCAUCCAUGAGUUCCCUUAGUCCUUCGGUAAUGCCGGGCUUAACCACGCAUAACCUGAACCAAUCCCUCAGCUUCAGCACCGAACCAGAGUCAUCCACUUCGCUCAGUGGUACCCACCAAUCCCAUUCCCCUGUCUCGACGAUCACGGACACUACGCGGAAUGCCAUUGUUAGCGCACUGUCUCUGUGCGGCCCGUUUAACGGCCGCAAAUACUCUUUCACGUCACCCAAUUCUCCUAUGUCACCGCAGUUCCCCAAUACUCCAGACAAUGCACCUGAAAGUGCAAAGAAUUUACCAAGUACGCAAGAUUUGCAACGAUACGUUACAAGUUAUUUCCGUUACUUUCAUCCCCACCUCCCAUUCCUUCAUAUCCCCACACUUUCAUUUGAUAUGCCUAGCCCAAGUAACGGGAGGACGAACAUUGUUGGUGGUAGUGGAUGCCUCGUUUUAUCGAUGGCUGCCAUUGGUGCACUAUAUGAAAUGGAGCGUUCUCAAUCGAAGGAGCUGUUCGAGAUGGCAAAGAAGAUGAUCCAGUUAUACUUAGAAGAGCGAAGGAAAGCUGACAUGCGGAAGGCUGAUUUCCGACGGACUCCAUCAUCUGACCAGGGAUCUCAAGGGCCAGAAUCCUCUAUCCAUACGCCACUAUGGCUAGUGCAAGCAAUGCUUCUCAAUGUCGUGUAUGGACACAAUUGCGGCGACAAGACGGCGAAUGAUAUUGCCUCGACCCAUUCUACCGCCUUGGUAAGCCUUGCUCAAGCUGCUGGUCUGUUUCGACCACUGAAGCUGGAUUCAAUGGAUAUUCGAGAAAUUCAAAUGAACGAUGCGGAGGGUAACUGGAAUGGGGGUAUUAAGGCUGAAACAGAAGAGCAAGCCGAAUGGUUGAGAUGGAAAACCAUGGAGGAGCGGAAGCGCACCCUCUACGUCAUUUUCAUACUUUCUAGUCUCCUUGUGACUGCUUACAACCACACACCGGCACUGACAAAUUCCGAAAUAACACUUGAUCUUCCUUGUGAUGAAGAGUUCUUUGCAGCUGAGAGCGCCGCCGCUUUUCAGUUGAAGGGUGGUGUACGAGCUGCUGGACAUAAUAAAACGACUUUUCACGAAGCUCUAAGUGAGUUGCUCCGUACUAAUGAAAAGCAGCAAAAACUAGCAUUUGGCAAUGGGCAGCACAUGAAUUCGGCGGUUCAGUUCAAUGAUAUUCCACCGAGUGAGCUUAAACCUAGCACGCUCGGUUGUUUGGUGUUGAUUAAUGCGCUCCAUAAUUAUAUUUGGGAAACACGCCAACGUCACCACAACAAGAUGUGGACGAAUGAAGAAACUGAAAAAAUGCACCGUCAUAUUGAGCCAGCAUUGAAGGCAUGGCAGUCAGCCUGGGCAAGUAAUCCGCAUCACAGCCUAGAACGUCCGAAUCCAUUUGGAAUGGGUCCUCUCUCCGCCGAUUCGAUUCCGCUCCUUGAUUUGGCUUAUAUACGACUAUUCGUCAACAUGUCCCGAACCAAAGAGAAGUUUUGGCAGCGAGACUGGGAUGGCCUAGCCGAUGAACUCUCUCGCGGUACUGAGGUCGUCCAGCAUGCAGAACAUUCUCCGUCUUCCAACGCAGAAUCGGGGACCGACCCAUCUGACGCUUCCGCCGCGAGCUCAAUUUUCGUUGAUUCACCUCCAACACAGUCGUCGUCUCCCGAAUUUUCCGCUAUGAAAUUCCCCUCGCCCUUGGUGCCACAACUAUUCCAAGGCCACGAAUCAAACAGCCGGGCGAUAACUCGACGGGAAAAGCAUCUUCGCAAGGCGGCUUUCUAUGCCGCUGACUCUCUAUCCAUGUCUGACAAACUAGGAGUCAACUAUGCCGAGUUCACUAGCCGUGAACUUCCAAUACAGUCAGCGAUGUGUUCCUUCGACUGUGCGCAAGUUCUGGCUGAGUGGGUCGCUACUCUCCAGGAUCGCGUCGGGCGAUAUCUCGGCGUGCUUGGAAAGAAUGAGGUAGACAUGGGAGGCGUUCCGGCUAUUAUGCUCCUCGAGGACGAAGACGUCAAGCUUAUCCAUAAAAUCCAAGAGCUUCUUUCAAGUGCUCAAAUGAGGAUGAAUAUGGAUAUUGUAAGUGGCGCUGUCAACGGUGGCAUCGAUUCCCGUCUUCAGAUGGACAACUAUGGCGGAUAUGCUGCAAAAAUCCUCAGAGCCACGGCAUAUAUGCUUGACAAGUCUGCUAUAUGGCCGGUUCUUCAUUUGAUGGCGAAUUGUCUUGAAAGCCAUGCUAACUUCAUGGCGUCGCGUGCCGACAAAUCAAUUAUUGCCAGUGAGUAG